UUAAUAUUACGCCGGCGUCAAUGAUGGCAAGAACACCAACAACAAUCUUGCACCUCCUCGUAACCCUUGUUUGCAUCCUCUCCACCAGCGCAAGAACUUCAGCUUAUUCCAGCGAUGUCGUCGUCGAUGCAUUCCUCGGCUGCCUCUCCGCGGACAUUCCGCCUUCCCUCAUCUACACCCCAGCAAACAACAGCUACUCCUCGGUCCUUCUGUCCUCUGCCCGGAACCUCCGCUACGCCCUGCCAGAGCCAGACACAUGCACGAGGCCGCUCGUGAUCGUUGCGGCCACCAAGCCCGCCCAUGUCCAGACCACCGUGCUCUGUGGCCGCCGCCAUAGCGUCCACGUCCGCACGCGCAGCGGCGGCCACGACCACGAGGGCCUCUCCUACGCCUCCGUCGACCCCCACCGGCGGGAUUUCGCUGUGCUCGACCUCGCUGCGCUCCGCGCUAUCGACAUGGACGCCUCGAGAGCCGAGGCCUGGGUCGGGUCAGGCGCCACGAUCGGCGAGCUCUACUAUGCCGCCGCCGCCACCAACCGCACGCUCGGCUUCCCCGCUGGAAGCUGCCCCACCGUCGGCAUCGGCGGCCACCUGAGCGGCGGUGGAUUCGGCGUGCUGUCGCGCAAAUACGGCCUCUCCGCCGACAACGUCCUCGACGCCGUGGUGGUGGACGCCGAGGGGAGGCUGCUGAACAGGAGCACCAUGGGGGAGGACCUGUUCUGGGCCAUCCGAGGCGGCGGCGGCGAGAGCUUCGGCGUCGUGUUGUCCUGGAAGGUGCGGUUGGUGCCGGUGACGGAGACCGUCACCGUGUUCAGCAUCCGCCGGCGGAGGAACGAGUCCGCCGUCGACCUCAUAACCAAAUGGCAGGCGAUCGCGCCGGCCCUCCCCAGAGACCUGUACCUCCGCGUGAUGGUGCAGAACCAGCAGGCGGACUUCGUCGCCCAGUUCCUCGGCCGGUGCAGCAGCCUCGUGGACACCAUGCGAGGUCACUUCCCGGACCUAGGAAUGGCGGAACAGGACUGCCAGGAGAUGAGCUGGGUGAAAUCCACCGUCUUCUUCUUCUACGGCACGGCGGACUUGCCGCCGGAGGUGCUCCUGAACAGAAGCAGCAACCCAUACUACCACCUCAAGGUGAAGUCCGACUACGUGCAGGAGGCCAUGCCAAGGCACGCGUGGGAGAGCAUAUGGUCAAACUGGCUCGAGAAGCCCGAGGCGUCGACGUCCCUGCUCCAGCUCGACCCCUACGGCGGCCGGAUGGGCAGCAUCUCGCCGUCGGCGACGCCGUUCCCGCACCGGAACUACCUCUACCAGCUGCAGCUCUACGCGGUCUGGUUCGACGACGACGACGACAACAACAGGACGGCGGCGCUGGAGUUGGAGAAGCGGAUGACGAGCUGGGUGAGGGGAGCGCAUGACGAUGUGACGCCAUAUGUGUCCAAGAACCCAAGAGCUGUGUACGUGAACUGCAGGGACCUGGACCUAGGGACCAACGAGCUGGAUGGUAACGUCACCAGCUACGCCAAGGCUAGGGUUUGGGGGGAGAAGUAUUUCAAUGACAAUUUCAAUAGGCUGGCGGCCGUGAAGAGCAAGGUGGAUCCUCACGACUUCUUCAGGAAUGAGCAGAGCAUCCCUCCUCUUCCUGCUAGCUAGCUAGCAGCUUUGGAACACACACGUCCCGUGCUAGCUAGCUAGCUAGCUGUUGAUCGUCGGCAGUCAAUUCCGUAGUAUGUACGUGGCUCCUACUUACUACUACAUCUAUCGUGUCAAGUGGCGGCGUGUGCCAGCUGCUUGUUGGCUUGUUCAAAAUCAUAUAUAUAUUAUCGACUACUGUAUUUGUUUGUUCAAACAUGAGAUCUGCAUGCAUAUGCACAAAAUAAAAAGUCCA